CGGGAUGCUCAUUUAGCUCCGUUGGUACAGUGACGAAUCUGCUCGUGUGUAGAAGAAAAUUGCGAUUCCAAUGAAAACGUCUGCAACAGAAGCCAGUUGAAACAGUUCGCUGUUCUUUAAGACAAGAAUCUCGACAUCGCCGAGUGUAUUUCUCUGUACUUGCACAUGAGCUAUGUAUGAGACGCUACGCCACGAGCUGCAUUAUGUAACGUUUUCAGUCAUUUGUCGUUGUGGCUAACGAUAGCAACGAAGCUAGCUUAGUUUAAAACGCAUUUCAACUUGAUUAGUUGCAGGUUACCUUCCAGCAGAAAACUGAAUUCAGUAAAUUAACUGGCAGAAAGGAGGCGAUGAGGAUCUGUACUGUCCGACUUAGCAGAACGCAUUGGAUACAGGGGUAGAGGCUGAAGCCAGCUGCAGUGCCAACUAUUUUUCCUACGGCCAUCGGGACCUCAACUGCCAGCAAGAGAACUAAAUCUCGCAGCCGCCACUGCAGCGGCACAGACAAGAGGUGAGGAUUUCCUUGUAUAUACCUACGAUUCUAUUAUGGUUACUAUGCAAUGGGGAGAAGGAAAAAAAGGCCCACGCCGUAGUUUUCAGUACUGACGUCUGUACAUUUCCCUACAUCACAAGCAAACAGACGUGCGGCGUGUUAUAACGCAACUCGAGCGAGGGGCACACAAUAUAUAGGAAUACUGCAUACCAUAUAAAAGCUUGUGCCGUGUCACUAAAACAUAUAUGAAUAUAUAAUACGUGGAGUCGUGCUAAAAAAUAUUGGCACCCCAAUUAUUUCAAGUCAUGAAUGUAUAAAAAUACCUGCUUUUUUUUUAAUUAAUUAAUUUAUUUAUUUAUUUUUAUUAUACAUACCGUCACAUCGAGCCAGUGACCACUCUCUUUUUCUGAUGUGCAGCUGCUACUUGGCUGCUUGUCAUCGUCACUGUCUGAUCGGCUCAAACAAACGAUGCCAAUUUCAGUUGGGUGCUCCUGUACGUCGAAAUCCUCCUCCUCCACAUAUUCCAACAUGUUGCUCGCCAUUUCGUAUAGUAUGUAGCGCACUGUGUUUGGCAAUUACAACGUCACGUCUGGUAGCCCUUGCGGUGGAUAGAGUAACCACUCUCCGGUGUCCUGAGCUUCGGGUAUGUUCGGGGAGGAUCAAUAUGCGUAAUUAAAACCUAAGUUUUAGUUAAACUAUGGUUGAAAACUUGCUGGAAGUUACGUGCAUGUAUUACAUAACAUAUAAACAAUGCAAAUGUGAAUUUUAAUUGACCCCGUAACAUCUUUGUCAUUUGACCUCUAACACUAAAUAAGCCAGCCCAGCUGAUUGUCGUGCCUACGUGGCCACCAUUUUGGGAAGGUUGUCGUUACCAUGAAGGCAAUGGCGCGCUACUCGUUUUUACAUUUAGACAAACAAAAACAACAGCUUUCAUGUAGUGUGGUAUUUUUCUGGCACUGUCUGCCCAAACGUGGAUAUUUCAGUUCACUUAUAACUUUCAAAAACAGUAAGUAAAUUGCAGACGUUGCAGUUUUGACGGUGCGCGCGCACACACACACACACACACACACACACACACACAUAGCCACAUCAGAUUUUGCACAUUCGCAUUUUAUUUUUUUUGUUAUUGAUGUUCAAUGCUGUGGUUAAAAAAAUCUGAAGUUACUCACUAUUUACUCAGUACUUGAGUAAUUAUUUCACUGUGUACUUUUCACUCUUAAGAAGUCACAUUAUUUUCAAGUAACAGUACUCUUAGUUGAGUACAAUAUUUGUGUACUCCACCCAACUCUGGAGCGGACAUCCUCUAUUGCUAUUCUUAUGUUUAAGCAAAACUUUUGCUCAUCAGAUGAACCAGUGUCGUAUUUGUUGCACUGGUGUAUUUUUGCAUUGAGGUGCGGCGGGUCGUGGCUCUGGUUGUGGUCCCAGCGGAACCGCAAACCACAUCGGCGACAAGAGCUGAUGCGCUAGUACAUUUUGUAUUAAUUAGGAAAAGCGCCUACAAUUAUCUAAUUAGUUCAUGGAUGUUAAUGUUAAAUGUGUUAAGCGACGGAGCGAUGUUAUGGAUUAAGGCACAACACAGAACUAACUUCAAUUUCAGAAAUGGCCAAUAAAAAUGGAAAAAUAUUGUACUUAAUAUUUUCCUGGAUGAUGCAUUUGUAAUUAGCCUUUGAAUUUCCUAAUAGUGAAAAAUGAAGUGAAACAGACUGAUUUUAGUAAAUUGUUUUCCAGAAUGAGAGUGCUUAAAGAGGAGGAUGCAAUUCAUGUGGCAAAGCUUGAAGCAGGCAACAGGUGCAGGUGGAGAUGGGCCUGGCUGAAGUUGGAGGCCAAAACAAAAAAGCAAAGAAAUGUGGCAAAUUUAAUUUUAAUCUGAAAUGUUUACAUCAUGUACUUGAGCGGUGUAAAUAAGUUUUUAUGCAUAAAGAAUUUUUUUUCUUUUUUGCCUUAUUGUACUCUUCAGAGUCUUCCAGAUUGCUUAAUUUAUGGUAAAAUAAAAAAAAAUUCUCUGCGCGCGCCCGUGGGAUUAUUUUGUCACCUUUUUCAUGGCUUUGGUGUUUGCAUGUCGACUUAAAGAUAGGGUGAGAAGCUCGGUCAUUCGGGAGGGCCUCAAAGUAGAGCCGCUGGUCCUCCGCAUUGAGAGGAGCCAGAUGAGGUGGCUUGGUGGCAUCUGAUUAGGAUGCCUCCUGAACGCCUCCCUGGUGAGGAGUUCCGUCCAUGUCCCACCGUGAGGAGACAACGGGGACGGCCCAGGACACGCUGGAGAGACUAUGUCUCCUGGCUGGCUUGGGAACGCCUCUGGAUCCCCCUAGAAGAGCUGGAUGUAGUGGCUGGGGAGAGGGAAGUCUAGGCUUCUCUACUAAAGCUACUGCCCCCACAACCCGACCUCGGAUAAGCGUCAGAAAAUGGAUGGAUGGAUGGAUAUACAGUAGGCAACACCAGAGCCCUGACUGAAACCCAAUUGAGCAUCUCUGGAGAGACCUGAAAAUGCCUGUCCUCCAACGUUCACCAUCACCAUCCGACCUGACAGAACUGGAGAGGAUCUGCAAAGAGGAAUGGCAGAGGAUCCCCAAAUCCAGGUAUUGCAGGUUGCUCUAAUGACAACUCAUGGAGAGGACAGAUUUUCAGAGGUGGCUGGAGUCAAUCUCUUCCACUUUCCUAACUCUAAAUGACCAGCAGCGCAACCAGUCUUUGGACCACAUCAUAUUCCUUAGUGGUGCUGCCCAGCUUCGUCAUUUGUCUAAUGGCUUGGAGGCACUGCUCAAACGUGACUUUCUCCGACUCUUGCCUCUGGAACUGGCUUUCUACUUGCUGCGGUGGUUAGAUCCACAGACUUUACUCACUUGCUGCCUUGUCUGCAAGCAAUGGAAUAAAGUGAUAAAUUCAUGCACAGAAGUGUGGCAGAAUGUUUGUCGGGACCUGGGCUGGAGGAUUGAUGAGUCCAUUCAGGAUGCAUCCCAUUGGAAGGGUGUCUACAUUAAAGCUAAACUGCGUAUGGUACAGCUGAAGGAUCAGAAGGCCUUUGAGACAUCCUCACUCAUUGGCCACAGUGCUCGUGUGUAUGCUCUCUAUUACAAGGAUGGUCUUCUCUGCACAGGAUCUGAUGAUCUCUCUGCAAAAUUAUGGGAUGUACGUACUGGGCAAUGCAUUUAUGGGAUUCAAACUCACACCUGUGCCACAGUGAAGUUUGAUGAACAGAAGCUUGUGACUGGAUCCUUUGAUAACACUAUUGCAUGCUGGGAGUGGAGCACAGGAGCCAAAAUUCAGCAGUUCCGUGGCCACACAGGAGCAGUUUUCAGUGUGGACUACAAUGAUGAGAUGGACAUGCUGGUGAGCGGCUCUGCAGACUUCACUGUGAAGGUCUGGGCUUUGGCAGUCGGUGCCUGUCUCAACACUCUGACUGGACAUACUGAAUGGGUUACCAAGGUGAUACUACAGAAAAGUGAAGUGGAGUCUAUGGUGCACAGUCCUGGCGAUUACAUCCUCCUAAGUGCUGAUAAGUAUGAAAUUAAGAUAUGGCCUUUGGGAAAAGAAAUUAACAGUAAGUGCUUAAAGACCCUGUCAGUGUCAGAGAACCGCAGCAUCAGCCUUCAACCCCGUUUGCAGUUUGAUGGACGCCACAUUGUUUGCAGCUCUGACAUCGGAGUAUAUCAGUGGGACUUUGCCAGCUUUGAGAUUCUCAGGCGGGAACCAGGCAGUCGAAUAAUCGGGAAAAAGAUGAAGAAAAGGAAAACAAACGGGAGAGGACCCAAAAAUGAAAAUUGGUGGUCAAGCGGAUGCAGGGACUUGCGUUCAUAACUUUCCGACCAUUGGGUUUGCUGGCGGGUCACGCUUUUAUGCUUGAUUGAAAGCUUAACUUGCGCGAAUACUGGAGACUCAUCUCAGUAGCCUGGCAGGCCCAAAGGCUAGGAAACAAGAGCCUCACCAUAGUCUUAACGCCGGACUAGGCCUUUCUCGUGGUCCCGGGGAACCAUGUGGAGACCCCCCCCCCCCAAAAAAAUACAAAAUAAAAAGGGCAGGGGGGAGGGACGGCCGCAGCUGAGAAGUGUCAGGCCAGAGCACAGGAUUAAAGCCAGAGCGAAACAAAGGGUCUUCCCAUAUAUCUCUGAAUCGCCAGGCGAAAGAGAUGACGUCUCCGUUUCGGUUUUCUUCUCUAAAUUUCUUAGUUAUGCAUGUGCGCCCUCAUCAUGGGCAGGUUCCCCUUUCUAUGCAAAACGGUUCCCAAUUUUUAAACUGUCUCAAACAGAGAUUAAGUAUAUGAAUGAACUUCUUUCAAUCAUGGUUCUGGCAGAUCAAAUAAUACUGUCCAACACAACACUAUUUCAUCUGUCCUGUGUCCCAUUAUUUCAUAUAUUUUGUGCUUGUGACACUGUGCCACAGUACUCAUCGACAAACUCAUCGUAAAACUUUCAGAAUCAACACAAAGACACAGAAAUCAACGUGUACAUUCAGGGUACUCGUGCAGACUUCUACACGUUUGUACAGGCGUGGGAUUUCCUUAAUUUCACUGUACAUUCUCGAUAUGUAUGUAUAAUACCUGUUUGUUUAGAGUCACAGGGAGUCCGUUUUGCAGUGUUUUUGGUCACCACUGGGUUCAUGUUCCAUUGAUUAGAGGCGACCAGUCAUCUGGCCAUUCUCAAUCUGCUGAGUGGGUUUUUUUAGGGUGGAUAAGAGGGGGAUUGCUAUUUGUUGAACAGUCAUCAGUCAUCCGUCCUCCCCCAGCCAAGCUGUGUUCUCAGGUUUUAGGGGGGAAGAAGAACGAGCCUGUUCUCGGUGAGUAUCCAUGUGAGUCAAAACAGACAUCUUGCUGGCUUAUAGGCUUAGCAAAGAAAUGUUGAGGUACCCUGAGUCGAUUAGGGAGCAGGACAGGCCAGGCUCUUUGGUCUUUGGCCUGAGAGUUGGUAUUCCUUACACCGACCAAGGAUGUCAAAUGGUAGACUAUAUAGUUUUAUAAAAUUAUCCUAUAAUAUUAUCCUUAGGUCUGAGGUGUGUUAAGAGUGGAUUUGUCCCGAUAACAGGAUCCGAAACAAGUCGGGGCUGGCAAUCUUAAAUAUUGAAUGUGUUCAAUAUUUAUGACCAAAAGUCUUUGUGUGCGGGGAAAACCGACGUCUCCUGAGUCAUGAUGCCAUAAAUUGUGACAUGAAACAAAUCUAGCCAAUCAAAGAAGUGACCUUAUUGACAAAAAAGAAAGCGGACGGAACUACAUCCAACCAUCAAUCCAUUUUCUGAACCGCUUAUCCUCACGAGGGUGCUGGACCCUAUCCCAGCUAUCUUUGAGCAAGAGGUGGGGCACAGCCUGAACUGGUCGCCAGCCAAUCGCAGGGCACAUAUAAACAAACAACCAUUCACUCUCACAUUCACACCUACAGCCAAUUUAGAGUCUUCAGUCAACCUACCAUGCCUGUUUUUGGGAUGUGGGAGGAAACCAGAGUACCCAGAGAAAACCCACACAGGCACGGGAGAACAUGCAAACUCCACACAGGUGAGGCCGGAUUUGAACCCGUGUCCUCAGAACUGUGAGGCAGAUGUGCUAACCAGUCGACCAUUGUGCCGCCUACGGAACUACAUUUUUUCUUUUUUCCGUGUCACUGUGGCGACACAAUUCUCCCAAAACCUACAGAUAAACUCUCAUUGAAAAUGAAUGUGCCAUCGAAAUGAGUACAUUGUUCCCAGACAUGCUGCUCUUUCAUACAAUAUCUGAUAGAUGUCUUCUCUGAUUUUGUUGACAGGCUUCCGAUGUCCAUCUUGAUGUCAGUCCUCUUUUCUAAAAAUUUAAAGUUGUCUUUUUUCGUCAAUUGAAACAGGAAGAGUAAAUGCCCAUUUCAAUGAGAAUGCAUUGCAUUUCCUGGCAUGCGUAAUGGCCUUUCUCAGAUUCUCAGAUUAACUCGUCACCCUGGUGACACCAUUCAGUCAUGCUGCCUCGGGCUUGUGAUUUUGUAGCUAUAGAUAGAUAUCUUCUCUCCCCGGUCAGGGAUAAAGUUGUGGAGUUAAUAAUAUCCCAUUAUAAAAAUAUCCCAACCAUUGCACAACUCACUGUACUCAUCUGAAAAUGUAUGCACGCAAGUAUGCACGGAUUUGUAAAUAAGCCAACCAAGUACGCUGCUGCAGGAAGCCCACACACUGUACGUCUUGCGCGGAGAGAAACUAUUGGAAGGGCAACAAAAUGGGAUUCAGAACUGCUCCAACCGUGCAACAACUACAUGUGGCUGUUAGCAACCCCCACAAGGUGGCGGCUGGUAUUAUUAGUCAAUAUCAACGACACAACUCUAAACAGACAUUGAAAUGACACGUUGGGGGUUGAAGAGCUCUCUAAUGGCGACCCCUACUAGCAGGAUUUUUGGAAAUACGUCAACAGCACAAUAUGAACAUAAAUACUGAUAAGUCUUGUAUGUGUUACAUGAGAGAAAUUGUGCUCAGUGGGACAUCACAAAAGUUGACUGCACAUUACUAGCCUACAGUUAAACAGCAAACCCCCUAAUACACAAGUUAAGACAAGACAAUAGGGGCUUUCCCACAGCAGAAACCUUUGCAGGAACUUCCCUAGCUACUCUGGUAGCUUGAGUUCCCCCUGUGUCCCCACUGAAAAAAAACUAACAGGGUACAGAAGGUUCCCCCUGGAUUAUUUAGUUCCUCUUGGCGGAUAGGGUCUUCCUAGAGCUACCAAGAACUCUUUGAGGGGGCGGGCUGUGCUGACAAACGUUGAUUGGUUGCAGACCUCUGUUGGCGUUUACUUUUUCAUUAACCAAGCGCCAUUACUGGAUGCAGCGUGAUGCAAGGCUCAGAAUAAGAGAACAAAAAUACAUUGGAAAGCAAAAUUUUGAAUUGUCAGGUUCAAACAACCUAGAAUAUUUAAUAAACAAGGAAGGAAGACAAGAGACUGGUUCUUUUACUCGCGAGGAGAACGGACAGAGUUGUACGCAGUUACAACCUCCGACCGUUCUGCCUACACUCUGCCGAGCCCUCUCUUUUUAUUUCCUUAGGGUGGUUCCUAGUUACACAGAUGUUGCUGCUGCUAUCUUGAUAUAAGGACACACACAGCAGCAACGUGAAACAAUCACAGAUAUGACUCAUGGCGCAGAUGAUAAUGCAGAUCUGUUCUUCGGCGCUGAUAGUUUCAACCUUUGACCGCAAAAGGUUCCAACCGCUAUCUUUAAAUGAGGGCACAGUCCUCUUCACAGACAACUUCAACUUACAUGAUACAAUCAACAUUAUACUGCUGUAUAAAUGCUUUGCAAUAGGAUUAGAGUAAACAUGAGAUAACAUAUGUAUAUUUAUUCUAACACGAAUUACCGCUUGAGCGUGGUGGCAGCGGACUUUGCCACUGCCAUGGGCUCACGGCGAGACCUGCUGCUACCCCGGCAGCAAGGUCCGCCGCUGGCUGACUGUUCCCCUAAGGAGCAGUGGUCCGAGCCAGAGCAGGCAUGUGCGUGGCCGGCGAGGACCCUCUGAUGGUCCAAUCCAAUCAAUUGCGGGGAGAUAAAAAUAAAAAACCCUCCCAGGCAGGAGCUCCUCCAGCCUGCAGAAAAAUGCCAAGUUUGCCAUUGGGCAAGACAAGAAAAUGAAGCAUGGCUUUUUGUCUGUGUUUGUACUUGCAAUGUGCAAUCUGUUUUGUUUCUGUCAUGCAAACACAUGUACAGAUACCAAAUAUGUUUCAGAUUCAGACAACUUUAUUUAUCCCGUGUGGGCAAUUUGUUUACAGCUUCUACAACCCCAAUUCCAAUGAAGUUGGGACGUUGUGUUAAACAUAAAUAAAAACAGAAUACAAUGAUUUGUAAAUCAUGUUCAACCUAUAUUUAAUUGAAUACACUACAAAGACAAGAUAUUUAAUGAUCACACUGAUAAACUUGAUUGUUUUUAGCAAAUAAUCAUUAACUUUGAAUUUUAUGGCUGCAACACGUUCCAAAAAAGCUGGGACAGGUGGCAAAAAAGAGUGAGAAAGUUGAGGAAUGUGCAUCAAACACCUGUUUGGAACCGGAGGGCAUCAGGACGAACUCUGUGGCCAGAAUAUGUUCUUUUCCCUUAAUAAUUUUCAUGGCUUUUUCAGCCACCUGCUUCUCCCAAUGAGGGUCCAAAUCCCUCUGCUUAAUUGCAAUAAUUUUCGAGCAUACUUUAACAAUACCGUUUAGACUGUUGUUGUCCUUGACUGACAUCCCAUUGAACCAACAGAUAAAAGAGAAGGUUAAUCACACUGCUGUAUUUUAAAACUCAUUAAGAGCUGUCCAUGAAGUCAUGUAAUUUUUAUUUAUUCAUUGAACCUUAUCCAGGUAAGGUAAGGUAUUUGCAAUGCCGACCUGGCUGCAGAAAGCAGAGUAAAACAAAGCAUAUUAGGAGUAAAUGCAUGUACUAACUGUACAAUGUGAUAGAGUAACAAGAUACAUAUAUAUUUAUAACUUAGAUUAAGAUAUAAAAUAUGAAAUUAACUUGAAAGGUUGAAAUACCAGCAUUUAUUUAGAUCCAGUAUGUGUCAGUAAUGAGCAACAUCAGCCUCAUUUGCUUAAGCUUCCCUGAACUAAUAAGUGCAAUGGAACCACAAACCAGAUGGGCCACAAGAACCUUUUUGCUCCAAGGAACUCCGGCUAUCAGGAACUCAGACUUCCUAUGUUGGUUGGUGGAAAAGCCCCUAAUAUAUAUGGUAAAACAUGAUUAUACCCAAUUGUCAAUCAAUGGAUGGACCAACUAAUACAAACUAAUUAUGAUAAUUAUGGUGUACCCUGCCUCUCGCCCGAAGAUAGCUGGAAUAGGCUCCGGCACGCCUGUUACCCUAGUGAGGAUAAGUGGCAUGGAAAAUGGAUGGAUGGAUAAUCAUGAUCAUCAUCAUAACAACAGUCAUCAUCAUUAUCAUCAUCAUAAAUAUCAUUCAUUCACUCAUUUUCCAUACCGCUCAUCCUCACUAAAGUCGUGGGCAUGCUGGAGCCUAACACAGUUAUCUUUGGAUGAGUGGCGGAGUACACUCUGAACUGGUCGCCAGCCAAUCGCAGGGCACACAUAAGAAAACAACCAUUCACACUCACAUUUACACCUACGGGCACUUUAGAGUCUUCAAUUAACCUAGCAUGCAUGUUUUUGGGAUGUGGGAGGAAACCGGAGUGCCCGGAGAAAACCCACCCAGGCCCGAGGAGAACAUGCAAACUCCAGACAGAUGAACCCGGGUCCUCAGAACUGUGAGGCAGAUGUGCUAUUAUUAUUAUUAUAGGAUGUUGUAUGUAGAGUUUUGAGGAUAUAAGAAUUAUUAAAUUUUUGUAUAAGACUAUAUCCUAACAAAAUGUGGAAAAGGUGAGGCACUGUGAAUACUUUCUGGAUGUACUGGAAAUAUACAUACAUAAGGUUUUUUCUUGAAACUGAAGGGAUUGACUGAAUGGGAUGUCAAACAGGUCUAACAAAGGCUAGGAAAAGAGGUGUGUCACUGGACCAGGAGAGGUUGGCUGUAAGCCCUUUGGAGGAGGCAUUGUUAUUAGUUACUGUAUGUUGUGCAGUAGUUUGUCAAUAUCUUUUUUUUCCCCUAUCACUAUUAAUGAGGUAUGUUUUUAU